AUGUUGCUGUUGGGACACAGCAACAACGCCCUCUUUGGAAAUAAGUGGGACACAGGCUAUCAGAUGGACUGCGAAACGACUACAAGAGACAAUAAUGAUUCAUUGACCACUGGAGUGACUGAGGCACUUUCUGUUGAUGUCAUUGUUCAAACUCCUCAGAUAUUUCAAGAUCACCAAGAACAAAUUCAGAAACGUAGAGUGGAAGCAUACAGAGGACAGGUAUCCCGAGCUGAGAGAAUGCUCAAACGUAGUCGCUUAGACUUUAAAGUUGGUGAACCUGGUGACAAUGUUGCUGUCCCAAUUCCAGCUGUGGAUCGUGGUAGAGGAGAUCCACGGAAUAUCCUGAGUGUUAUUGUCAGCAGAGAUUUGGACAAUGACCAGUAUAAGAUCGCUGUGAAGUCGGGUGUUCUAAAGGGUCAGUAUUCUAGAGACCAGUGUGACCUCUGCCCCCAGCAUUUGCUGACAGAAGAUGACGUAAAUCAGGAUACUGCAAUGUCACUUCGAGAAGCUGUUACUGCACAAGCUGCAUGUGGUCUGAAGAAAUGUUCAACUAAGAGAUGUAAGUGUUUCAAAGCUAAAGUGAAAUGUAACUCUCGGUGCCAUGGAAGUGUUAACUGUGCUAAUAAAUGUUGA